AUGCACUCGAAAAAUCUGUGGCUCGUCUUUUGCUUGGUACUUCCAGUACUUGGUAGCCCGGCAACGACCGAACAAUUGCGACAAUGGAUCGUCGCUAAUCGAAAAAGUCUCCCGGAAGGAGUCGGAGAGGGAGAUCUCGCACAAACCAUUUUGAGGCUUUUUGGUUUUGGCACCGACUCGACGCUGCCGACAACGACGACUACACAAAAAGCGGUGACAACAACGCCUAAAGUGACCACAACUCAGGCGCCUGUUGACAAUAGAGAUGUGUGUCCAUUCAACGCGGAUCCAUUGAUCAUCAGCGGUGAUUUCACGUAUUGUCGCCCGUCGACUCUCGGCGAUUGCCCUGUUGGUUAUCUCUGUGAUCAGAGCUUUGUGCUUGGACGCUCAAUUUGCUGUCGUGACACUCGGCCAAAGCCACCAGCUCCAAAUCGACCACUCGUUUCCGCCUCCUCAGCUCGUCCACCAUUCGUUUGGAACACCGUCACUCCAACAGUUAUCUCGAAUGGUCAAACAAAGCUCUCCUCAUCGACAACAAAGAACACGCCUUGGUACAUAAAGAAGGAUAGGACUGGAUGGACAUCAGCCUACAAUCGCGUCACUCCAACACAAGAAACCUAUGCUCCAUCAACCGAAUCGACCACUCAAUCAACCACCACUCCGCCGACAACCACCACAACAACUACAACCACACCGACAACGACGAGCACCACGACCGAAUCGACAACUCCAUCAACAACAACCGUUGCUUCCACUCAACCACCAACUGGAACAACCACAAAGAAAUUGAACCCAUGGGCUCGCAUGUGGACAACGACAAUUCCCCCAGUCUCCUCGGUGAACGUCUCUGUGCUUCAGGCUGGCUCAAUUCGGACAUUGAAAGAUGGUCAACAAGAGAUGGUCUCGGCAAUCACUUUAGUCAACGAUAAUGGUUUCUAUUUGUUGAUCGACACCGGAUCCUCGUCGGACACCGAGCGAUUGUUGCAUAGUUUGGCCAAAGAGGAAGUGACACUCGACCAAAUCGGCGCCGUUGUCGUCACCCAUGCUCAUCCGGGAGUGAUGGGAAAUCUGAAUUUCUUCGGUCAAAAGCCGAUCCUUUUCCAUUCGUUGGAGUUCAUCGGACGUCACGUGACACCCACCGAAUUAAAAGAUCGUCCCUACCGAAAAGUCUCGCAAAAUGUGGAAGUGUGGAAGACGCCCGGGCACACACAGCACGAUUUGACAGUUCUCGUGCACAACGUGGCAGGGUAUGGAACGAUGGCCAUCACCGGAGAUCUCAUUCCAAAUGAGCAACUCAUCGCGGAAAAGCGUGACAUCAUGUCCGAGGAGGGCGUUUGGGAUUCGGCGAUCAAGCGUCAAAACGCCAACUUGAUCAUCUGUAUGGCCGAUUGGGUUGUGCCCGGACAUGGGACACCAUUCAGGGUGCUUCCACAUUACAGACAAAAGGCCGGUUGUACACGGCUCCUCCAACAACGCUACAGUCUGAAUCAGUUCGCU